CAUGCUUUGACUGCCAACAGCUGAUAGCGGUGUGUCAACGAAGAAUGGCCUGCAAGACGUCGAUAGUGGACAUUUCAGUUCAACUAACGUAUGACAGAUUAUAAAGAAAAAGAGACGCUUGAUCAUCCAAUGAAAACAAAUACACAUAGUUUGAUUGACAGGUUCAGCCAGGUGCAGGUCUCACCCGAUGUCCGAGGAACAUUGUUUCCAGAAAUAGAUGCAAGUAUUCAGAAAAGAUUUACGUGUGAGAUGGGUGGAGUUCGGUUCUGUUUAGCUCAUUGCCUGGCUCUUGGUUACAGGGGUGCUUGGUGUGACAGCAGGAAUGUUUGUCAUUGUAGAUAAGUGCUCAAGGAGAAUGCGAGAAGUUAUUCUUUGUGAAGCACAGUUGAAUAAAACGUGAAUAAAAAUAUCAAUUUCA